UUGACCCGCAUGAUAACAUCUUAUUCUAACGUAUACAGAUUUAUAGAAAAAGUGUUCAAAUGUUUCAUAGAAAAUUGUUAUUGGCUUAGUGGUUCUACAACUUAUCCUACACUAAAACGUGUUUGAAUGUUUUAAUAAUGAGACAACAAAAAUUAAUUUUAUUUUGUACUCUCAUUUCUUUUUUUUCCCUUUGUUGGUCUUGUGAAGAUCGAUUUACUCCCCUGAAGAUUGCUCGAACAAUAUUAAAACCAGAGAAAAAUGGCUUUAAAAUUUCAUUGUUUGGCAACCCGGAUAAGUAUAUACCUCACUCGAUGUAUAGCGUAAUGAUUGAUAGUGAAUAUGUGAAUUUUAACUCGUUUGUGAUAAGUUCUCAGCGGUGGUGCGAUAAUGACGAUGAAGAUGAAUGUGGAGAUCCCAUGUCCCCCGAUAGGGCCGGCUCAUUGCAAGUAAUGACAAUUCCCGAUAUCGACAUAAGCUUCCAUCCUGAAUGUAUUAAUACUCUUGUGGUGUCCUCACCAAUUGAAGAAAAUAAACGCCCUAAAGUUGAGUUUGUGUGGGUAGCUCCAAAAUCCGGAAGUGGAUGUGUUUAUUUAAGAGCUAUCAUGUCGCAUUCAAAUCAACCAGGCGUUCAAACCGAAUUGUUAAAAGAAUUGUGUGAAAUGAUAGAUUCUAUAGUUCCUCCUCCAAUAGAAGAAGAAAAAUGUUGUGCUUGUGAUGAGGCUGUUUAUGAAAUGAAAUUCGAAGGACUAUGGUCGUCAGAUACGCAUCCUAAAGAUUAUCCAACAUCACUAUGGUUAGUACAUUUCAGUGAUAUCAUGGGAGCUUCCCAUGAUAAAAAUUAUUCGCUUUUCACAGAAGGCCAGUGGGCAACCGAUGGAGUGCGGCAACUUGCAGAAUGGGGAUCGACUGGCAUUUUGGAAUCUGAACUUAGGCAACAGAAAAAACAUUUGAGAUCUUUGAUUAAAGCUCCCGGCUUAUGGUAUCCACGUGUUAAUACCAAUACCACGACCAAAUUUCGAGUUGAUAGAAAGCACCAUUUUAUGUCAAUGGCUAGUAUGAUAGGUCCAUCUCCGGAUUGGUUCGUAGGAGUAAAUGGUUAUAAUCUUUGCGAAAAAAAUUGUAAAUGGGCUAAACAAAGGACCAUUGAUUUGUAUGCAUAUGACGCUGGAACUGAUAGUGGUAGAACAUACAUGUCCCAUAAUCAAGAAACUCUUCCUCAUGAACGAUUGUAUCGCAUCACCUCUAUGUAUCCAGAUGAUCCCAGGUCACCAUUCUUUGACGAACAAGGUCGAGAAAUACCUCCUCUUGCUCGCUUACACCUUAACAGGAUUAACUUGAUACCGAAAUCCUGUUCAGACAAAAUUAUCACAGAAUUGGUCAACGAACUGAUUGUUAACGAAAACGCACAAGAUAUAUUAAGACCGGAAUGUACUGUUUCUAAAUAUUCUGAGUGGUCAGAAUGUAACGUAUCUUGUGGAAAAGGUCUUAGAUCAAAAAGUCGGCAUUAUUUGAAUGAAACAGCUGCUAAAAUAACAAGUUGUGAUAGACAGUUAGUGGCAAAAGAAAUGUGUUUAUCUUCAGUUCCCAUAUGUCCAGGGGAAACUGAACAAGAAGACGAUAGUUUAUUAAUGGAUGACUCCAAAUGUAACACAACAGAUUGGACUCCUAUGUCAGAGUGUUCAGUAUCUUGCGGUAUUGGUUUUAUGAUGCGUACCAGACAAUUUUUAGAUCAUUCUAGUUACAAGAAGUGCAGACACAUUAGUUUAGUCAUGAAGAAGAAAUGCAUGAUGCCUGCGUGUACUAAAACUGCCGAAGAGACAAAUAUCAUUUCUGAGUGCCCAGUAACUGAAUGGAGCACGUGGAGUCCCUGUAAUGUCAACUGCGGCCAAGGCAUAUCAGUUAGGUCAAGACUAUUGUUAGUGUCUGGCGAAAACUUUACCAACUGUUUGGAAAGUGUUGUAUUGGAAGAAACCAAACCCUGCAUAGGUAUUAGACCUACGUGUGAAAUUACAUCUUCCUUAGCCAAAGAAAUUUGUAGUAUGGAUAAAAAUGAAGGAGCUUGCAAUCUUGAAACUGUAAGAUAUUACUAUGACAGAAAUUCAAGAAACUGUCUUCCAUUCAAGUAUAGAGGUUGUCGUGGAAAUGAAAAUAAUUUCAAAAAUGCGAAGGAAUGUAGAAAUGUUUGCAAAAAUGUUUUUUAAUGCAGACAUACGUACCAAUUUUUUUUCAUUGAAACUUGUUUAAGUUUUGUAAUUUUUUAUAUUACCUUUUUAUAAUAAUUUCUCAAUUUUCUAUAACAAAUUUAAGUAUAGUAAUUAAUUAAGUAAUACAUUUAAAAAAUAUUAAUUUAUACAGCUACAUUAAAAAAAAUACAAAAUUCACAUUUUAAGGUGAUUUAUAACGAUUUCUUUAAAAUAUGUUCCUUUUUAAUCAUUCUCCUAAAAAACAUUUAACUUUAAAGUUGUCAAUAACUUAAUACUUAUUAUCUUACAACAUACAAGUUGUAGCAAUAUCACAGAAUCCAUAAAAUAUUUUCUUUAGUAAUAUUACUAGGAUGAAACUUUUGGUAUUAUUUAGUAACAUCGGGUAAUUGAAUAAAAUUACUCAGACUUAUGCAAUUGAAUCCUGAUUCUUACGUACCGAUAAACAUAUUUUACUAAUUUUCAAUUGACCUAUAUAAGUAGUUUUUUAUAAAAUAUAUUAUGAAACCAUGAAACUUUCAAUCGGGUAUGGAAUAUUUGUUUAGAGUGGCUAAAAUAAUGAUUUCAUAUUAUUGUGUCUGUGGUAGGGAUUGCCCAGAAAUUGAAAAAUCACGAACUGUUCAUAAAUGGAUAUUAACAUUAAAGAUUAACAUUCAUAAGUUAAAUAUCUUUUGGACAAACUGUAUUUAUUUUUAUAUAAUUAUGUUAAUAAGGAACUAAAUACAAUUAAUAUCAGUCAUUAAUUAGUUUGAAACAACGUUCUAGUAAUAUACAGUAUUGAAAUUAUCAAUGUAAAUUUCUAAAAUUUAAAAAUUAUGGACAUAUGGAAACUUGCAACUUAAUGAAUAAAAUUGUUUUUAUUUUUUUGAUGUA